AAAUACAAUUAGCUCAAUCUAAAAACAAUAGAAGUCAAUGGAAAGUCCUCACUGUAGAGAACCAAGCGUCUGUGUCUUUGUCAAAUAGAAACAAAGAGAGCAAGAUGGAGAGGGGGAAUCAUAUUUCAUAUUCAAUUCCAAAUCCACGCCUUCCGCCACUAUAUACCAAUUACGCGGCAACUGAACGCAUAACAUUCACAUGUGAGAUUAUGCACCUUGCAGGCAAAGUUUCAAGGGAACUGCCACCCACCAGAUCUCCGAGGAGUAGCGGCAGGAGUAGAAGAGAAGACAGGACGUUCACGUUUGCCUCAUCUCUACACUACUUUAGUGAAGGUGGAAGAAGCUGAUGGACGUGAUGUUUAAUGCAGACAACUGUUCGCUAAUCUGCACGGCCAGUUAGAAUGGUCCGGCUUUGUCGAGGAGACGGAGGAACAUUACAUGCGUUGCCCUGCGUAAGGAAGCAGUGUGAAAGAAGAACAGAUUUCUAUUGCGCUUAUAGUUCAACGCAUCUAUAGAACCGCACAUAUCGGUCAAGUCAUGUCUUUUGAAUUCCGAAUACUGAUGUUUGGAAUCGGGACAGCCCUGGUUAUAUUUGUGAUUAUAGCUGAUAUAUCGGAAGUGGAGGAAGAAAUCUCGAACAUUGAGGAUUCACAGAAGUUUCGCUUUGUCCUUCAGUCCAACAGAAAUUCAGUCCUGAAUACUGUUCCUACUUCACUAGUCACCUAUCGAAAGAGCAAAGUCUCUUCUUCUCCAAUUCCACUGCCAGGCAUGAAGAGCAAAACCAGCAAUUCAUUCUCACCAGAAUGGACUUUCAACAGAACCUUGUCUAACCUCAUCAGGAAAAACAUUUUGAGGUUCCUGGAUGCUGAGAGGGACAUCUCAAUUCUUAAGAGCACCUUUAAACCCGGGGAUGUAAUUCAUUAUAUAUUUGACCGCCAGAGCACCACAAACAUCUCUGAGAACCUGUACCACCUUUUGCCGACUGUGUCUCCCAUGAAGAACCAGCAUUACAAACAAUGUGCCAUCGUAGGGAACUCUGGGAUACUACUGAAUAGCAGCUGCGGCAGAGAGAUUGAUUCACAUGACUUUGUCAUUAGGUGUAACCUGGCUCCAGUGGAGGAGUAUGCGACUGAUGUGGGCCUGCGCACCAGUCUGGUGACUAUGAACCCUUCUGUGGUGCAGCGUGCUUUUCAGGACCUGAAUAGUGAGGAGUGGGUACAGCGCUUCAUCCACAGGCUGCAGAGCCUCAGCGGGAGUGUGCUGUGGAUCCCUGCCUUCAUGGCUAAAGGAGGAGAGGAGCGAGUGGAGUGGGCCAUCCGCCUAAUUCUUCUGCACACCGUGAACGUCCGCACUGCCUUCCCCUCCCUGCGUCUGCUCCAUGCUGUCAGAGGGUACGUGUCUGUGCAUUUAAGCCUACUCAACACUCGUGAUCGCUGAAGCAGGUGUAUCAAGCCUCUCGCUAUUUAUAGUUCAAGCAUCAAUACAUUCACAUCCUACUCUGCGACCACAGUGUGGGGCUGUUCCUGUAAGUGGACCGAGGCGCAAGUGCUUACCAGCAUUUAUAUAUCU